GCUACAUCUGAAUCUCUCUGGAAAAUUAGCUCCUGAACUCGGUCUUCUAACAUAUGCAAAAAGAUUGAAUUUUAUGUGGAACAAUAUAAGUGGUGGCAUACCAAAAGAGAUAGGGAAUAUGACUUCCUUGCAGCUUUUGCUUUUGAGCGGGAACCAAAUAUCAGGUCCUUUGCCAGAUGAGCUUGGUAAUCUCCCCAACAUAACCAAGUUUCAGCUGGACAUAAAUCAAAUAUCAGGACCACUUCCCAGAUCGUUUGCAAACUUGAACACUGUCAGGCACUUUCAUAUGAACAACAACUCAAUCAGUGGUCAGAUUCCGCCGGAACUUGGGGCAUUACCUCAACUCAUACACCUCCUGUUGGAUAAUAACAACUUGUCAGGCUAUCUUCCACCAGAGCUUUCAAAGAUGCCAAAGUUGACGGUUUUCCAACUUGAUAACAACAACUUUAAUGGAACGGAGAUCCCGGAGUCUUAUGGCAACAUGUCCACACUGUUGAAAUUGAGUCUUAGGAACUGCAACUUGCAAGGAUCUGUUCCCGAUCUGAGUGGCUCACCACGCCUUCUCUACUUGGAUCUAAGCUCAAAUAAGCUAGUCGGAAGCAUACCGACAAAUAAGCUUUCUGAUAAUAUCACAACUAUCAAUUUAUCCAACAAUAUGCUCACUGGACCAAUCCCUUCAAAUUUCUCGGGCUUUCCUCAUCUCCAAAAACUGUUGCUUAAGAACAACAAUUUGAGUGGUGAUGCUCCCACUAACAUUUGGCAGAGUUUGACUCUUGGUUCAUUUGCAAAACUUACCUUGGAUUUCCGGAACAAUUCACUUACGAAUAUUUCAGGCAUUAUAAAUCCUCCUGCAAACGUUAGCAUCAAGCUUCAAGGCAAUCCUGUCUGUCAAAGAGCAAAUGAGCUAAACAUACUCCCGUUUUGUGGAGUCCCAACUGAAGAUACUGAGGCUCCUGGAAGCUCAAAUGACUUCCCUGAUGGCUGCAAAACUCAAUCUUGCCCCUUUAGUGAUAAUUUUGAAUACGUCCCAGAAUCUCCUGCUCCCUGCUUCUGUGCUGCACCUCUUGGCAUUGGAUUACGCUUGAGAAGUCCCAGCAUAUCAGAGUUUCAACCAUAUAAAUUCCCAUUUGAGCUUUGGAUAACCGACUAUCUUGGCAUGAACCGUUACCAACUAGUGAUUGACUCAUUCAUGUGGGAAGAAGGUCCCCGGCUGAGGAUGUAUUUGAAAAUCUUUCCUUCAUUUAGUAAUGAUACUUUUACAUUCAACACAAGCGAGAUUCUACAGCUCAUGGACGAGUUUGCUACAUUUUCCAUUCCCGGCGAUGAUACCUUUGGCCCAUAUGAUCUACUUAAUUUCACGCUCCUUGGACCUUACAAAGAUGUGAUUCUCAAGCAUCCGAAAUCAGGAAUGAGCAGAGGUGCCCUUCUUGGAAUUGUGUUAGGAUCCAUGUCCCUCAUAGUUGCUAUAUCUUUGGUGAUUGCAUUCAUUUUCUAUAAAAAGCACAAGAGAUUUUAUCGUCAAGUUUUCAAGAAAAAGUCAACUCAAAAACUUCCAUUUAAAACUGAAAGUGUGAAAGAGUUCAGUUUUCUAGUACUUGAAAUGGCAACAAAUGGUUUUGAUAGCUCUAUGCAAGUUGGGCAAGGAGGUUAUGGAAAGGUGUAUAAAGGAGUUUUAGCUGAUGGUACAAUAGUGGCCAUCAAGCGUGCACAUGAAGGAUCUUUGCAGGGUCAGAAAGAGUUCUUCACUGAAAUUGAACUCUUGUCACGCUUGCAUCAUCGCAACUUGGUGCCAUUGGUUGGGUAUUGUGUUGAACAAGGCGAGCAGAUGCUAGUGUAUGAAUUCAUGCCUAAUGGUUCUGUUGGAUACCUCCUCUCUGGUAAAUUCAAAAGACCUGCAAGUUUUUCUAUGAGGAUGAAUAUUGCAUUGGGUUCAGCCAAGGGUAUACUCUACCUUCACACUGAAGCUGAGCCACCAAUCAUCCAUCGAGAUAUCAAAGCAAACAACAUAUUACUGGACUUCAAGUUUACUGCAAAAGUUUCAGAUUUCGGAAUUUCGAAGCUUGCACCAGUACAAGAUUGCGAAGGCGGUGCGUCUCAUAUAUCCACAAUUGUGAAAGGCACACCGGGAUACCUCGAUCCAGAAUAUUUUCUGACCAACAAGUUGACAGAUAAGAGUGAUGUUUAUAGCCUUGGAGUUGUAUUUCUUGAACUGUUGACAGGGAUGGAGCCUAUAUCUCAUGGAAAAUAUAUCGUUCGAGAGGUUAACGCAGCAUGUCAAUCUGGAAUAAUGUUCUCCAUCGUAGACCAAAAAAUGGGUCCUUAUCCCUCCGAUGGUGUCAAGAAAUUCAUGGCAUUGGCCCUAAAGUGCUGUCAUGAUGAGCCUGCUGAACGACCAUCAAUGUUGGAAGUGGUUCGCGAGUUGGAGAAUAUAUCCUAUAUGCUCCAAGAAUCUGGCCCCAUUUCAUCAGAGUUUGAGACAUCUGGAAUGUCAGGGGUGGAUUCGCCAGCUCUCUUUACUACAGGCAAACCUUCUGCCUCCUCCGGUGUCCUCGGAAGUGAUCUAGUCAGUGGUGUAUUUCCCGUUAUCAGGCCUCGCUGAUUGAUUAUGUGAAAACGGAAACUCCCCAUGUAUCUGUGUAUAUUCUGGUGAGUCUAUUCACCUGGUGCUCGACAUGUGUGUCUCAAAAUGGAGUUUAGUGCCAUAAAUUACAUUACUUUGCAAGUAUUGAACCGAACAAAACUUUCCAUUUUACAUCAAUUAGCUACAAAAUGUAAACGUAUAAGGCACCUCAAGUAGGUUUUUAUUUUUAUUUUUA